AUGGGGAAGCAGAGAGUUCAGUCUGAAGUCGGAAGACCGGCUGACCGGUUGAACUCUCUGCCUUCGGGCGGGGAGGAACCCGAACGAGGCUACGCCGAAGGGCGGAUUCUCUUUCGGGGAGGUAAACCGACCCUGAACCUGUUUAUACGAGUUCAAUGGGCAUAUUUUUGGCCGAGCCCACGGGCUCAGAAAUCCCACGUUAAAAAGGCCUUGUGCCACAUGACACCCUCGUGGGAGGUGGUUAGCCCCCUUUCCCCCAAUCGUUUUUUAUUUUCCAAUUUUCUUUAUUAUAAGCCCUCCUCUUCGUUCAUAACCAUCACACGACUCUCCGCGAACUCCAUGCUCUUCAUUCCAAUUUCUCCACUCCUCAAGCAGCUCUCCAGCUUCCGCCCACUCCAGCCACCCCCCCCACUACAAUUCUAUCUCCACGAAGACGCCUACUCUCAGCCUGCUUUAAAGAUAGCUCCUCCGACUGUCAGAUCAACGUGGGUUGGUUGGGAAUGGACAGCUACGAAGGGGAUGAGCCCCCUCUCUUUCUCACACUCUCCCCCCCUCUCUCUCUCUUUCUCUCUCUCUCCUCUCUCUUUCUCUCUCUCUCUCUCUUUCUCUCUCUCUCUCUCCUGA